CUCCUUUUCGAGCUCGGUACCGCAACAAGAGCACAGACUUCCUCAGUUUCAGAGGAGAUGGUUUUCGCCUUUCUCAGGAUCAAAAUAUACUGGACUUGGUCACAUGGUGGAAACAAACCUGCAAAACAGUAUCAUUGUUAGCAAACGAUAUGAAUCAACUACUGCAGCAGUUGAUACAUCGAACGCGCAACUUGAAAAAUUUGAAUACCAGGCUGAGGUUAGUCGCUUGAUGGACCUGAUAGUUCACAGCUUAUACAGCAACAAGGAAGUAUUUCUUCGAGAGUUGGUUAGCAAUGCAAGUGAUGCACUUGACAAGUUGCGAUUUCUGAGUGUAACGGAGCCUGAACUUCUGAAGGAAGCUGUUGAUCUUGAUAUCCGCAUCCAGGCUGACAAAGACAAUGGAAUAAUCACAAUCACUGAUACUGGAAUUGGUAUGACCAAAGAAGAACUUGUUGACUCACUAGGAACUAUUGCACAUAGUGGAACAGCAAAGUUUCUAAAGGCAUUGAAGGAGAGUCAGGAAGCUGGCUCCGACAGCAAUUUAAUUGGCCAGUUCGGUGUCGGUUUUUAUUCAUCAUUUCUUGUUUCUGACAAGGUGGUUGUUUCAACAAAGAGCCCAAAAUCGGAUAAGCAGUAUGUUUGGGAGGGUGAGGCUGGUGCCAGUUCUUUUACCAUCAGAGAAGAGACUGACCCAGAUAAACUUCUUCCAAGAGGAACACGUCUUACAUUGUACCUCAAGCGUGAUGACAAGGAGUUUGCUCAUCCUGAGAAGAUUCAAAAACUUGUGAAGAAUUACUCGCAGUUUGUUUCUUUCCCAAUCUACACGUGGCAAGAGAAAGGCUACACGAAAGAAGUUGAGGUUGAUGAGGAUCCAGCUGAAGCUAAGGAGGGGGGUGAUGACUCUAAAGCUGAGAAGAAAAAGAAAACUAAAAAGGUUAUAGAGAGGUACUGGGACUGGGAACUCACAAAUGAAACACAACCUAUUUGGCUUCGAAACCCUAAAGACGUGACAACAGAAGAGUACAAUGACUUUUUCAAAAAGACUUUUAAUGAGUAUUUGGAUCCUUUGGCUUCAUCUCACUUCACUACAGAGGGUGAGGUGGAAUUUAGAUCAAUUCUCUACGUGCCUGCUGUGAAAAAGGAUGACAUGAUUGACAGGAAGACUAAGAACAUAAGGCUUUAUGUGAAACGUGUUUUCAUUUCCGAUGAUUUCGAUGGGGAGCUGUUCCCAAGAUACUUGAGCUUUGUGAAAGGUGUUGUUGAUUCGAAUGACCUUCCUUUGAAUGUCUCUCGGGAGAUCCUUCAAGAAAGCCGAAUUGUGCGCAUAAUGAGGAAACGAUUGGUCCGAAAGGCCUUUGAUAUGAUUUUAGGCAUUUCUCUGAGUGAGAACAAAGAUGAUUAUGACAAGUUCUGGGAGAAUUAUGGCAAAUUUCUUAAACUGGGUUGCAUGGAAGACCAGGCAAACCACAAGCGAAUUGCACCUCUUCUUCGGUUCUUCUCUUCUCAAAGCGAAGAACAGUUAAUUAGCUUGGAUGAAUAUGUCGAGAAUAUGAAGCCCGAGCAAAAGGAUAUCUAUUAUAUUGCUGCAGAUAGCUUGACUAGCGCACAGAAUGCUCCAUUUCUGGAGAGGCUUGUCGAGAAGGAUUUUGAGGUGCUAUUUUUAGUUGAUCCCAUGGAUGAGGUAGCUAUACAAAAUCUGAAGUCCUACAAGGAAAAGAACUUUGUUGAUAUUAGCAAGGAAGAUUUGGACCUGGGUGAUAAAAAUGAGGAAAAGGAGAAGGAAGUCAAGCAGGAAUUCAGUCAGACAUGCGAGUGGAUCAAGAAGAGACUGGGAGAGAAAGUUGCUCGUGUUGAUAUUUCAAACCGACUUAGCACCUCGCCAUGUGUUCUUGUUACUGGCAAGUUUGGCUGGUCCGCCAAUAUGGAGAGGCUGAUGAGGGCCCAAACUAUGGGAGAUCCUUCUAGUUUGGAGUUCAUGAAGUCGAGAAGAGUCUUCGAAAUUAAUCCAGAACAUCCAAUUAUCAAGAACUUAAGUGUUGCAUCCAAGACCUGUCCUGAUGAUCCUGAGGCCUUAAGAGCUGUAGAUCUUCUAUUCGAAACUGCUUUGAUUUCCAGUGGAUUCACUCCUGAUAAUCCAAAGGAGCUCAGUGGUAAGAUAUAUGAGAUGAUGGGAACUGCGUUUUCCGGGAAAUGGGCUCCUGCAGCUGCUGAGGUAUACCAACCGCAACCAAGCCAACCUGUUGAACCCCAAUACGCGAAUGCAUUUGAAGCUGAAGUGGUCGAGCCUGUGGAAGCCGGUCGCCAGAAAUGAGUCUCUUUUUCUUUCUCUUAACUGUUUCAUUUGCGUUAGGAGGUUCAACAGAAUUUUUCUUUUUAAUGGAGUUUCACCCACUGGGUAAGGUAGUUUCUUUAGAUAGAUAAAUGAAAUGACAGUUGAAAUUAUAAAGUCGGCACUGAAAAUGAAUUUUGAUCCUUAGAUUUGUGUAUUUAAAUGUUAUCAUUAGGACACUUAAGACUCAUGAAAGAAAACCUAUUAUCUACGGAGUCAAAGAUAGAUGAUAGAAAUGGGGAAUUGCGGUGUUUGGAUUGUAGUUGGUGGUUGUUGGCCGAAUGCUGAAUAUUGAGAUACUUGGUUUUUUUCUCUCUUUACAUCA